AUGAGUCUGACCGUGGCGGGCUGCGGCUUCAGGACAAUCGGCAGGCUGGUCCACCAAACAACCACCCACUUCGAUCAACCACCUCAAACAACUACCUCGAUCAACCACCUCGAUCAACCACCUCGACCAACCGAUUCCACCAGUCUGACCGUGGCGGGCUUCACAGCUUCAGGACAAUCGGCAGACUGGUCCAUCAACCACCGAUACCGCCAAUCAACCACUUCAACCACCUCGACCAACCACCUCGAUCAACCACCUCGAUCAUCCAUUUCAGCAACUUCCAGUCUGACCGUGGCGAGCUACGGCUUCAGGACAAUCGGCAGACUGGUCCACCAAACAACCACCCACUUCGAUCAACCACCUCAAACAACUACCUCGAUCAACCACCUCGAUCAACCACCUCGAUCAACCACCUCGACCAACCGAUUCCACCAGUCUGACCGUGGCGGGCUUCACAGCUUCAGGACAAUCGGCAGACUGGUCCAUCAACCACCGAUACCGCCAAUCAACCACUUCAACCACCUCGACCAACCACCUCGAUCAACCACCUCGAUCAUCCAUUUCAGCAACUUCCAGUCUGACCGUGGCGAGCUACGGCUUCAGGACAAUCGGCAGACUGGUCCAUCAACCACCGAUACCGCCAAUCAACCACUUCAACCACCUCGACCAACCACCUCGAUCAACCACCUCGAUCAUCCAUUUCAGCAACUUCCAGUCUGA